AUGUACGGCCUCAAUCAUUUUGCGACAAAGGGCGCAGCGGCCCACGCUGCUAGAAUUUUCCAUGGAGCCGGGGUUCCCAGCGUGCUUGUCGGCUGGUCCGCGAUCGCCUUGGUUGGAGGUGAUUUUCUGAACAAUGACGUUGAUUUCGUGGUGCGAGACAGUCAGAUAAGAGCUGCUGCUAACGCUAUGGUUCGUGCAGGGUUCUCACCGUGCGCGGAUGCCGCCUGUUUAGCUGGCAAGGAAGACCGGGCUUCCGAAAUCGACACGCUCUCCGACGACGACUACUACAAAGAAGAAGCCGAAUUGUUCUUUUGCAAGGAUCGCUACCACCCUGUUCCGGCCGUCCAUUUCCACAUGCCUCACAUGAUCAUCCUCUCGCUGCACCGCAAGUCCCGUCUGCUGUGGUGGAUUCCAGACGACCAUUUCCGCCUGGAGCCCCCAGCACAUGAUGACCCCUACUUCGUGCUGUCCACCGACGCUGCCCGAGUCCCGGCUCGCGAUCUCCUGGCCUGGCCCGGGCCCGAGGAGUUCAGCCACUACCUGCCAACGGCCAACAGUAGUGGAAGCUCCGGUCCAUGGAGGGGCCUCUACCCCGUCAAAGUGUUGCUGGCGACGGCUCACCUCAAGAUGGCCUUGCUCUGUCUCUGCCGUGAUCUCCAUGGUACAAGAGGGCUGGAUUGGCUCUGGUUCUGCAUGCUCUACGAGCUGGCCGAACGCCAGAUGCCGGGCCAGGAUAGGGCCAGCGCCAGGCACCUUCUGGAAGAGCCGCAGCUGCAGGCUUUCUGGGACCGGUUCCGCGGGCAUGUUGACGUGGCAACCGAUUAUAAUAUCCUCGAGCCAUUGUUGGAAUACCGUGCCGGAUUGAUUUCGGGGAACAAGCUGCCAGAUCUCCCGGAGGGAAGUGCGCCGGUAACAGUUGUCUUUGUUGUCAACAAGCAGCCCGUGACCGAUGAGAGCGCCUUCCAGAUCAUGGACAAGGAUGCGAAUGCCUUUCCGUGGGUCUUUCUUAAGCGCAAUGGGUAA